AUGGUCAUGAGCCACUGUUACUGGUUGAUGUUGGUGCAUCUACUCCUCAUUUUGCAUUCUGCCACCCCCAUGCACAUUUCUUACUGCGGUUCGGACGGUUCCUUGAUCACUUUAGGACACAACAGCUGCUCUGGUGGGUUCAAUUUCGGACCUCAUAAACUCUCCUGCGUCUGCAUCAGUGGAAUCUACCGACUAUGGAUGGACAACUGCGUGGUCUACGAUGGUUUCAUGGACGGCGGAUGUUCCAGUCUUAUCGUGGCUGCGGGAGAGGCGGCUGACACUGUUGGCGUCGUGUCUAGACUUCGGUUCGCGUCUGGUUUGGAGUCGGAAGAGCAAGAGUGGGUUAACUCCACGACCGCAGUUUUCUCGGCCUCUGCCAGUCGUGACUACGAAAGUUGGCAGGCCUGGGAGGUGGGAUCGAGGGCAUCAACUACGGCCGACAACUUUUAUACGACGCACGGGGACGCCUUCCUGCUCACGAGCACGCCGCCAAGGAUAUGUGUGGAGAGGAAGUUGAAGGAUUGGGAUGAGAUUUGCAGAUAUUUCAGAGAGGAGAACAACCAACUCUGGGGUCCAGGAGGGAUCGAAGUGCAGGUGGAGGAGAACUGCGCAGCUCCCUUCGGAGCCAAGAAAAUCCCCCUGCGAUCGGGCAGUUGCUACAACAUUAUGAGGCAGCAAGACUCAGAAUGUACACUCUCGUGUGGUGGCAGUGGUGGUGGUGGUGGUGGAGAGUCUUCGACUUAUCCAACCCCACCCAUCUCGACUUCUACUGAAAAGGUGACUGAAGAAAAUAAACUCUUGCAACGCCGAUCCCCCAGCAGCAAAAAGUCUGAUAAUGACAAAGGAAGAGGUGAUAUCAACAAAUCUGCGAACAAAUCCGUCUCCACUUCCUCUGAACAGAACCCUUUCAAAGCAACCACAGCUCACCAACAAACUCAACAAACCAACUUUUGGUUGAACCGGAAGUUGAACCAUUACUCAAAACUGCGUCAAGUUGGAUACCUCAAAGCGCACGACCUCACACAAAUACCGCCCACUCGCACUUUUGAACUUCUCGAGUUGAUUCGCGAGAUUGGGAAGCGUGUCUGCGGAGGGGAUCAGUACGUGUCGUCACUCUACAUUGACCAAGCGCUCGACCUGUUCGUUCUCCUCCACAAAGGACGUAACUACCGAUACACGGAGGAUUUGGGGGGAUCGGAGGCUGGAUGGAUUCGCACAAUUUUGGGUGGCUGCUUACUAGAUGCCAGACCACUUUCUCUGGUCAUGGGAGACACGGCGCCACCCGGGUGCACGGACCUUCAGAAGGUGACCGGGGUCUGCGCGGAUGGACUCAACAAUUGCACUCAGCUGAGGGUGAGCAAACGCCAUGGCUUUGAGGACGGAGACGGGCUCAGCAACGGCGGGGUCUCCUCCACAAUCGGGACAUAUCAUCUCGUUGUCGAGACUGCGUGGGACUUGGUCGACUUGGCGCAAGUCGUUUGUUUCCCAGCAUUUGCUCAGAGCUACAGAAUGUUACAUCAGUGGGAACAGGCGACAGAGAAACUCUUUACGAGGGAAAUUCGCAAGUUGUGGCAUAAUCCUGGUUUAUCGAUGAAAGCCUACCAAAGCCUGCUAACACCAUCCGCUGGGGUGGACGCACACAAUUUAGAAAUGUGUGUCGAAGGAGCCUAUGCACUUAACCCGUCCCUCAGCAGACUCGUAAGACCACCUGAGCCGAGGAGGUUCUUCAAGAGAAGGAAGCGAGACACGGAGCAGGUUGCGGCGGACGUUUAUUGCAGGGCGACAGAACCAGACUUUGAGUACCCAUGUUGAGAUGCGGACCAAUUUUUAAUUGGAAUUAGCAUUGCAUUGCUCAUUUAGCCUUCUUAUAUGAGUUAUUGUAUGACUUGAAAAUAAAAAGCGAACAGAGAUCAAGAU